GGCAGAAGAGGUUUCUCGAGUGCCCGGCAGCCGCACCCCGAACUUGGAGCCGAGAACGUGCACAACAGGCACCCUAAGCGGGGGCUGCGCCGGGGAGGGAGCAGUGUCGCCCGAGGAGGGCUUUUUCCUCGAAAGACAGUGGUGGGCAGCGGAGGACCUCGAAAGGGGGUACGCCAGUGGCCUGGGCCCUGGCACCCUCGAGAGGCUGGACCGGUCAGCCCGUAGCUGGCGCCCCCCCUCCGGCGCGGUGGCCACGGAGUCUGUUGAAAGCCUAGCUGUGAGCAGAGUGUUCCCUUCUGCACUUCCAGAAAGACAGAGUUUUAUAAAUGGACACUGACAUGGACUACGAAAGGCCCAACGUCGAGACCAUCAAGUGUGUGGUUGUGGGGGACAACGCCGUGGGGAAGACGCGCCUGAUCUGUGCCCGCGCCUGCAACACCACGCUGACCCAGUACCAGCUGCUGGCCACCCACGUGCCAACUGUGUGGGCGAUUGACCAGUACCGCGUCUGCCAGGAGGUCUUGGAGCGCUCCCGGGACGUUGUUGAUGAAGUGAGCGUUUCUCUCAGGCUCUGGGAUACUUUUGGCGAUCAUCACAAAGACAGGCGUUUUGCAUACGGCAGGUCAGAUGUUGUGGUCCUCUGUUUUUCGAUCGCCAAUCCCAAUUCCCUAAAUCAUGUGAAAACCAUGUGGUAUCCAGAAAUCAAGCACUUUUGCCCUCGCACACCUGUUGUCCUAGUUGGCUGCCAGCUUGAUCUCCGCUAUGCCGAUCUGGAGGCUGUUAAUCGAGCCAGACGCCCAUUAGCAAGGCCCAUAAAGAGAGGUGAUAUUUUGCCCCCAGAAAAAGGCCGAGAGGUUGCAAAAGAACUUGGUAUACCAUACUAUGAAACAAGUGUAUUUGACCAGUUUGGAAUCAAGGAUGUAUUUGACAAUGCAAUCCGGGCAGCGCUGAUCUCCCGUCGGCACCUGCAGUUCUGGAAGUCCCACUUAAAAAAAGUUCAGAAACCUUUACUUCAGGCACCCUUCCUACCUCCAAAAGCCCCUCCACCGGUCAUCAAAAUUCCAGAGUGUCCUUCCAUGGGGACGAACGAAGCUGCCUGUUUACUGGACAAUCCUUUGUGUGCCGACGUCCUGUUCAUCCUCCAGGACCAGGAGCACAUCUUUGCACAUCGAAUUUACCUUGCUACCUCUUCUUCCAAAUUUUACGAUCUUUUCUUAAUGGAAUGUGAAGAAUCCCCAAAUUGGGGCGAAGCAGUUUGUGAAAAGGACACACAGAGCAGGGAGUCCCAGGGGUGGACGCUGAGUUUUGAUCCAGCUGAGGAAGGGGCGGAAGGCCCCCCUAGGACACCUCAGGCCGACCCGGGGACAUCCUCAUGCCAGGACCCUUCAGAGACCCUGGGGCUAGAAGCCGAGGGUUCAGUUCCCGAGACGCAGACCCUGUCAGGCUGGAGUAAGGGGUUCAUUGGCAUGCACAAGGAGAUGCAGGUCAAUCCCAUUUCGAAACGAAUGGGGCCCGUGACUGUGGUCAGGAUGGACUCAUUGGUACAGCCAGGCCCUUUCCGGACCUUGCUGCAGUUCCUUUACACGGGGCAACUGGACGAAAAGGAAAAAGAUUUGGUGGGGCUGGCUCAGAUUGCGGAAGUCCUAGAAAUGUUUGAUUUGCGGAUGAUGGUGGAGAACAUCAUGAACAAGGAAGCCUUUAUGAACCAGGAAAUCACCAAAGCCUUUCAUGUCAGGAAAGCCAAUCGGAUAAAAGAGUGUCUCAGCAAGGGGACCUUCUCAGAUGUGACCUUCACUUUGGAUGACGGAGCCAUCCAUGCGCACAAGCCACUGCUGAUCUGCAGCUGUGAGUGGAUGGCUGCCAUGUUCGGGGGGUCCUUUGUGGAGAGCUCCAACAGUGAGGUGUAUCUCCCAAGCAUAAACAAAAUGUCAAUGCAAGCAGUGUUGGAUUAUCUCUAUACCAAGCAGUUGUCACCUAACUUGGACCUGGACCCACUGGAAUUAAUCGCCUUGGCAAACAGAUUUUGCCUGCCACAUUUGGUUGCACUUGCAGAGCAGCACGCGGUCCAGGAGCUGACCAAGGCUGCCAUGAGUGGCGUGGGCAUCGACGGGGAAGUGCUCUCCUAUUUGGAACUGGCCCAGUUUCACAAUGCGAACCAGCUGGCCGCCUGGUGUUUGCACCACAUCUGCACCAACUACAACAGUGUUUGUUCCAAGUUCCGCAAGGAAAUCAAAUCCAAAUCUCCAGACAACCAGGAGUACUUUGAGCGGCACCGCUGGCCCCCGGUGUGGUACCUGAAGGAGGAAGACCACUACCAGCGCGUGAAGAGGGAGCGGGAGAAGGAAGACAUUGCACUAAACAAACAUCACUCGAGACGCAAGUGGUGCUUCUGGAAUUCGUCUCCAGCAGUGGCCUGAAGAGGAAGCAAAAUCACCCAGUAACCUGACACACCCCUUUUCAAAGCACUGCUGUAAAAUUAGUCUUCUGAGAGAUGCAAUGUAGUUCAGGUUUCAGGCACUGACCUUCUUCCACUUUUGUGCAUUUAUCUUUGUUAGGAUCAAAGCACAAGCUCACCAUCUAUGAGCCUGGACAAAAAGGGAAGCUGACUCUCACUGCAUUCCUUAAACUAACACUUAUAUUUUUUGUUAGCCGGCUUAAUAAACUUUAGUCCGUUAUUUUGUUUCUUUUUAUACAAAGAAAAUAUCCAGCUUUCAUGUUUCAGAUUCCAAAUUGGAAAAUAUUUUUAUACGGUCUCUUGUAUUUUGUUGAAAUGAAAAUACUGUGUAUUACUUUAUUUUACAGGCCACAAACUGACCAUGACAUUGCCUUGUGCGUCCCUGGGCCCACAUGACCACCGCACAUUAUUGUGGAAUUAGAGGGUUAUCUUCCUGUUGUGAAGGAAAGGGUUGGGCUGAGAUCCCUCAGAGUGCGAGUUGAAAGUGCUUAAUCUCUGUUCUGCUGAAUAACAUCGGUCUAAUUACCAACUCAACUCCAAGAAUGUGUAUUUACAAUAUUUGCUGUGUAAGUGCUAGUAAUUAUAUGGUUAUAUGUGCCAUGUAAAAUAUAGUGAUAGCAAAUAUUCCUUGUUUAAAAUGUCUUAGAUUCAAGAGGAUAAUCUUUAUAAUCAUUAGAAGGGCUUAUUAAAUCACAGCAUUAUCCAGGGCAGACUCCCUCGUGGACCUGAAUACAUUUGAUACCGUCAGAGCAUCGGUGUUUGGAUCGCUGAAUUAGGGUUUUUGUCUCGCAGUAUUCCUUGCUCUGGCCGUGCUUCUGCUUGCAGACUCUCCACUGACUUGAAUUGAGAUGGGCAGGGGAAAAGGUCCCUGGACUUAUCCCACCAUCCACAGGUUUGUCACCUCUCACUACCAGAAACAGGCUUCCUCGGGUCUCCCACCUGCAGCCAGUUUCAUUUUGUAAAACAUAUUUUUAACUCUUCCCAGGGAAAAUUCAUGUUGCUGCAGAAAUAGGCUAAGGUGUUCCACCACUCACCACUUCUGCUGAAAUUCAGCGGGGCCCCUGAGCGCUCACAGCUGCAGGCGAGGGGUCCCUGCCUUCUUCAACACAGAAAGGAGUCUAAUCCCAGGAGUCUAGGAUAUGGUGCUAUUGUGAGUUAGUUUUGACCCUCGGUCCUUCUGAGUUCUCAGUGUUAAAAUACAAAAUGUUGAGCCAGAAGCUUUCAAGAGACGGUCAGUCACUGCUUCUCCAUAAAUUAAAAUGCUGCAGCACAUACGGAGCGUCGUAAGGCCACCGCUGCAGGCCUGCCGUGGGAUGCUGUGUGGCAGGGACGGGCUCACCCUGCUGCAAGGCCAACUUUCCAGUGCUAAGGGCUGCUGAUUUCAUCUUCAUUUUCUUCUGUCUUUUCCAAAGAUGGAAAAGAGACAGUCGACUCCAAACCCCAGUGCUACAGCCAUGUGCAUUCGAAAAUCUGUCUAGAUUACAGAUGGGCAUAGUUGUUCCUGGCAAUGGAAACACACAAGAGUGUAGAGAGGUUCAGAAACACGUCACCUCUUGUGACAAAAGAGGGGGCAGUGGAGUGAGUAUGAUGAUAAAUACGUCCACUGUAUUUCUUAAAGUAAGGUUGUAAAUGAUCAAUGGAAGAAGACAUGAGCCCAAAUGAGAGGGUAAAAGUCAAGACUCGGGGAGAACUGACAUGGACCCCAUCAGGAGAUGACAGAGGUUGAGUUUCCAGUGAGUGGUCCUAGUUGAAUUUAUACAACCAAAGCUCCCAUUUGAUUGUAAUCUUGCCAAAAUGUAAUGGACAUACAAGUGGAUGUGGGGUACAAGCAAUAAUAUCCACUAAUGUUGUUAUCAGCUGCUGUAACCAAGUGGCUGGUUCAUUUGGUUGAUGCUGAUUAUGGCCUUUAACCAUGGUGGUUUGUUUCAUGUUUUUUAUUUCACAAAAAGUCAAUAAAACUGUUUAGCUAUAAAA